CACCAUCGGGCGGGAAGAGGGCACUUGAGAGGAGGAAGAGAUGAUCGGGAGGAGGAAAUUUGGGGGAAGGAAGAGGGCGAUUGGGAGGAGGCAGAGAGCGACUGGGAGGAUGAAGGAAGAGGGGAGCUGAGAGAGGGAAGAGGGGAUUUGGCAAGAGGAAGGGGGAAUUUUAGGGUUGGGACGGGAAGAGGGGCUUGGGAGGAGGGGAGGAAGAGGGAUUUAGGAGGAGGCAAAGGGGUUUGGGAGCGGGGAGGAAGAGGGAGAUUGGGAGAAGGCAGAAGGGUCUGGGGAGGAGAAAAGGAAUUUGGGGGGAGGAAGAGCAGGUUUGGGAGCGGGAAGAGGCGUUUGGGACGAGAAAAAAGGGGUUGGGACAGGACAGUAAGGGUAAGUUUAGGUGGGAGAAACAGGGUGUUUGGCAGGAGGGAGUGAGAGGGAUCCCUCAGGCACAGCUGGCCGCUCUCCCUGGGGCCCGGGUGUGUUUUGGGUGUCCUGCGGGGCCCGGAGGGAGCGGCGGCCGCGCUGUCCCUGUGGGACACGGGGGUGCCAAGGGACGGCCCCUCUGGGCACACGGCCCUGAGGAAGUCCGUGCGGGGCAGUAAUGAUUGUAGCAGGGUGGUAUUUUAUUCUUUUGAGCAUUCUAAAGUGAUGCUUUCAGGCCAUGAGACUGAGGGAGAUCCCAAAGACUGGAGAAAGGCAAAUAUUAUCUUCAUAAAGGGCAAGAAGGACAAGCAAGAGAACUACAGACUGGUCAGCCUCAUUCCUUCCUGCUGUGGAAGGAUCGUGGAGGAAGCCAUUUGUGGCAUAAGAAGACACAACUAUGGCUGCUACAGUGAACUUGGAGCUGGAUCCCAUUUUUCUGAAAGCCCUGGGCUUUUUGCACUCCAAGAGUAAGGACUCUGCUGAAAAGCUGAAAGCACUUCUUGACGAGUCAUUGGCCAGAGGAACUGACUCGAGUUAUCGUCCCUCUCAGAAGGAAGCAGAGCAACCAAAAGUAUCUGUCACCAAACCCAUUAAGCAAGAGCCUAAAGCUUCAUCCAGUUUGCCUUCUGGCAACAACAAUGGCAAGCCCACUGCAUCAGAAAAGGUGAAAAAAGAAGCAGAAAAAAGAUCUGCAGAUAAAACAAAAGGGGAUCCUGCUGAAGGAGCUGAUGCACCAAAGAAGCCCAGGGUGGAGAAGCAAGAGGCUCGAUCCUCUCCUAUUACAGUUCAGACAAGCAAGGAUUUAUCCAUGCCUGAUUUAUCUAGCUUUGAGGAAACCAGUGCUGAUGACUUUGCCAUGGAAAUGGGAUUAGCCUGUGUUGUUUGCAGGCAAAUGACAGUUACUUUUGUGAAUCAGCUAGUGGAGUGUCAGGAGUGCCAUAAUCUCUACCACCAGGAUUGCCAUAAACCUCAGGUGACAGACAAGGAAGUGAAUGAUCCUCGGCUUGUCUGGUAUUGUGCCCGCUGUACCAGGCAGAUGAAGAGAAUGGCUCAGAAGACACAAAAACCACCUCAAAAACCAGCUCCUGCAGUGGUUUCAGUUGCACCAGCUAUGAAGGAUCCAUUGGUCAAGAAACCAGAAAUCAAGUUAAAGCCUGAGACCCCACCAGCUUUUCUGGCAUUCAAGAGAACAGAAGUCAAGACUUCAGCAGCAGUUUCGGGGAACUCUGCCAGUACAAGCGUUUCCUCUUCAGCAACGAGUGGCCUUACAGGAUGGGCUGCUUUCGCAGCCAAAACCUCCUCUGCCAACCCAUCAACUGCCAAACUGGGAUCGACGGCCCAGAGUGCCGGCGGGAAACCUGCAGCUUCUUCAAAUAACCAGAAACCCGUGGGUUUGUCAGGGCUGGCGACUUCAAAGACGGGACUGGGGGCCAAAAUAGCUUCUGCCAACAACAGCGCUAACCCCGUGCAGCUGAAGCCUCCCCCGCCGCUGACCCUGGGCAAGACGACGCUGAGCCGCUCGGUGAGCAGCGACAACGUGAGCAAGGCGGGGCUGCCCAGCCCCAGCAGCGCCGCCCCCAGCACCGGCGGCCCGGCCGGCGGCGGCAACGGCGGCAGCGGCUCGGCGGGCAGCAGCGCGGGCGGCGCCGGCAAAGCCGCGGCUGACACCGGCAACCAGCCGGCCUCCCUGAAGGGCCCCACCUCGCAGGAGUCCCAGCUCAACGCCAUGAAACGGCUACAAAUGGUCAAGAAGAAGGCUGCUCAAAAGAAGCUCAAGAAGUAGUCUGGCUGCUUGCUGAUGUUGUUGGCUGUGUUCCGUGUGACAGUGGCGUCGGUGUUUUUCUAAAAUGAAAUCCCCCAGGUACUGUACUGAAAGAGGUUAAAUCAGGGAAACCCAAACCUUGUGUAAUACAGAAGGUCGAACUUUAAUAAUUCUGGUAUUCCUUCUGCCUUUCCAAAUCUGUGAGUUGAAUGUGUUAGAGGAAUUCAUUAUUACAUGCUCCUGGUUUUGUAGCUCAAAGCACUGAAACUUGAAAUUGAAGAUGGUGGGUAUUUUUUAAUAUUAAAACCUCCAGAUUUGUGUAGAUACUUAAUAAAUUGAACUUGCUGAAACCAUCGUUCUUAAAUGUUAAUAAUAAAAGGAUUAUUAAUCUGGGAA